GUGUCUAGGCUACUUCUCGCGCUUCUAACACCUCCGAAUGCCCAAGCUCGAUCCUCCCUUCCCCUCCUUCACUCUCAUGAUGCACGAAUAUCAAAACGACUCCCUCCGUCUCCCAAGCUACCGCGAAUCCCUCGUCGUCCGAUUCCACCCAUACCCGCGCAAGCAGUCGAAGUCGGAGGCUUUGAUGCAAAAGGUGGACUAUCGUUACGAGGAGCCCGCGCCAGCACAGGAUGAGGAAGUCACUCCGCCUACCCCUACGGAGGAAGGUAACAACGUCGCGCUUUGCUUGGAUCGUGCUAUGAGCAAGGAGAAGGAUGGCGAUGUGGGUGUUAAGAGGCGUCGGAGCCUCACGGCGCUCAUUAUAGAUCUUGCUCUUGCAGUUCGAAAUGGUUAUCGUACUCCCCGCCUUGGCAAGCGCAGGUCUUCAGUUUCGAAGGAUGUUUGACGCGAUUCGCGGCCGUUGCUAGCUUCGUUCUUGUUUGUGCAUUCGCGCUUCUUGUUCCUCUUCGUGCGCCCUGGUCGCAGUCCCACAGUCAGCUUUUCGCUCGCGCGUAUACGCUCCGUCUAAUAAGUAAAAUGUAUCUAUACUCGUCGAUGUUCUUGCUUGAUCUCCUGUAUAUUGUUUCGCUAUCGUCG